UCCCCUCGCCCCCACCUCACUUCCGCCGCCGCCCGGCGCCGCCGCGGCCAUGGGGAGCUGAGGCGGCGGCAGAGGCAGCGGCCCCGGCCCGGCCCGGCCGCCCGCCCGCUCCCCAUGGGCUGCGGGGCCGCGGGCCAUGGAGCGGUGCGCGGCACACCGAGCCCCGGAGGAAGAGCGUCGAGUGCGAGCCAACGCGCGGGAGUACAACGAGAAGUUCCAAGCAACUGCAUCAAGACCUCCAAGUACAACAUUGUCACCUUCCUGCCUGUCAACCUUUUCGAGCAGUUCCAGGAAGUGGCCAACACCUAUUUCCUCUUCCUCCUCAUCCUGCAGCUGAUCCCUCAGAUCUCUUCGCUGUCUUGGUUUACUACCAUCGUGCCUUUGGUUCUUGUCUUAACCAUCACAGCUGUCAAAGACGCCACCGAUGACUAUUUCCGCCAUAAAAGCGACAACCAGGUGAACAACCGGCAGUCUCAGGUCCUGAUCGGUGGAGUCCUUCGGCAGGAGCAGUGGAUGAAUGUCCGUGUUGGAGACAUCAUCAAGUUGGAGAACAACCAGUUUGUGGCGCAGGCUGACCUCCUCCUCCUCUGCAGCAGCGAGCCCCAUGGGUUGUGCUACAUAGAGACUGCAGAGCUGGAUGGAGAGACCAACAUGAAGGUGCGCCAGGCCAUUCCCGUCACGGCGGAGCUGGGGGACACCAGCCAGCUGGCUGGCUUUGAUGGUGAGGUGAUCUGUGAACCCCCCAACAACAAGCUGGACAAGUUUGGUGGGACACUGUACUGGAAGGAGAACAAGUACCCACUGAGCAACCAGAACAUGCUGCUGCGGGGCUGCGUCUUGCGCAACACCGAGUGGUGCUUUGGCCUCGUCAUCUUUGCAGGACCCGACACAAAACUGAUGCAGAACAGCGGCCGGACCAAGUUUAAGCGGACAAGCAUCGACCGGCUGAUGAACACGCUGGUGCUCUGGAUCUUCGGGUUCCUGGUGUGCAUGGGAGUGAUCCUGGCCAUUGGCAAUGCCAUCUGGGAGCAUGAGGUGGGCGUCUGCUUCCAGAUCUACUUGCCCUGGGACGAGGGGGUGCACAGUGCCUUCUUCUCUGGCUUCCUCUCCUUCUGGUCCUACAUCAUCAUCCUCAACACUGUGGUGCCCAUCUCGCUGUAUGUGAGCGUUGAGGUGAUCCGGCUUGGGCACAGCUACUUCAUCAACUGGGACAAGAAGAUGUACUGUGCCAAGCGCCGGACGCCGGCUGAAGCCCGCACCACCACCCUCAACGAGGAGCUGGGCCAGGUGGAGUACAUCUUUUCUGACAAGACUGGCACCCUCACCCAGAAUAUCAUGGUCUUCAGCAAGUGCUCUGUGAACGGGCACAGCUAUGGUGAUGUGCAGGACAUGCUGGGUCACAAGGCAGAGCUGGGAGAGAGGCCAGAGCCAGUAGAUUUCUCCUUCAACCCUCUGGCGGACCCACGGUUCCAGUUCUGGGACCCCAGCCUGCUGGAGGCUGUCAAGCUGGGAGACCUCCACGUGCACAAGUUCUUCCGCCUGCUCUCGCUCUGUCACACCGUCAUGUCUGAGGAGAAGAAUGAAGGGGAGUUGUUGUACAAGGCACAGUCCCCAGAUGAGGGAGCGCUGGUCACUGCUGCCAGGAACUUCGGCUUUGUGUUCCGGUCCCGCACGCCCAAGACCAUCACGGUGCAUGAGCUGGGUCAGGCCGUCACCUACCAGCUGCUGGCCAUCCUGGACUUCAACAACAUCCGCAAGCGCAUGUCUGUCAUCGUCCGCAGCCCUGAGGGCAAGAUCCGGCUGUACUGCAAAGGCGCCGACACCAUCCUGCUGGAGCGGCUGCAUCCCGUCAACCAGGACCUGAGCAGCAUCACCACCGACCACCUCAAUGAGCACCGCUGGGGACUGGGGGUGCCUUCAGUGUCUGCCAGCACACCCAGCUCUGACCACUUGCAGGAGUACGCUGGUGAGGGGCUGCGGACACUGGUGCUGGCCUACAGAGACCUGGAGGAGAGCUACUACAGGGACUGGUCUGAGCGGCUGCACCGAGCUGGCAGUGCCCCUGAGGCCCGUGAGGAUCACCUGGCUCGGCUCUACGAUGAGGUGGAGCAUGAUAUGAUGCUGCUUGGAGCCACAGCCAUCGAGGACAAACUGCAGCAAGGAGUCCCUGAAACCAUUGCCAUCCUGACACUGGCCAACAUCAAGAUCUGGGUGCUGACAGGGGACAAGCAGGAAACGGCUGUGAACAUUGGCUACUCCUGCAAGAUGCUGACAGAUGACAUGACAGAGGUGUUUGUGGUCACAGGCCACACUGUGCUGGAGGUGCGAGAGGAGCUCAGGAAAGCCCGGGAGAAGAUGAUGGAUGCGUCACGUUCUGUGUGCAAUGGCUUCUCCUACCAGGAGAAACUCUCCUCCAAGCUGACCUCUGUGCUGGAAGCCAUUGCGGGCGAGUACGCCCUGGUCAUCAAUGGGCACAGCCUGGCCCAUGCACUGGAGGCAGACAUGGAGGUGGAAUUCCUGGAGACAGCGUGUGCCUGCAAGGCCGUUAUCUGCUGCCGUGUCACACCCCUGCAGAAAGCGCAGGUGGUGGAGCUGGUGAAGAAGUACAAGAAAGCCGUCACUUUGGCCAUUGGGGAUGGGGCCAACGAUGUCAGCAUGAUCAAGACUGCCCACAUUGGGGUGGGCAUCAGUGGGCAGGAAGGCAUCCAGGCUGUGCUGGCCUCUGACUACUCCUUCUCCCAGUUCAAGUUCCUGCAGCGCCUGCUCCUGGUGCAUGGGCGCUGGUCCUACCUGCGCAUGUGCAAGUUUCUUUGCUACUUCUUCUACAAGAACUUUGCCUUCACCAUGGUCCACUUCUGGUUUGGCUUCUUCUGUGGCUUCUCAGCACAGACAGUGUAUGACCAGUACUUCAUCACUCUGUACAACAUUGUCUACACGUCGCUGCCUGUGCUCGCUAUGGGUGUCUUUGACCAGGAUGUGCCAGAGCAGCGGAGCAUGGAGUACCCCAAACUCUAUGAGCCUGGGCAGCUGAACCUGCUCUUCAACAAGCGGGAGUUCUUCAUCUGCAUUGCCCAGGGCAUCUACACCUCCAUCCUCAUGUUCUUCAUCCCCUACGGCGUCUUUGCUGAUGCCACCCGUGAUGACGGUGCCCAGCUGGCUGACUACCAGUCCUUCGCCGUCACCGUCGCCACCUCGCUGGUGAUUGUUGUCAGUGUGCAGAUCGGGUUAGACACAGGAUUCUGGACAGCCAUCAACCACUUCUUCAUCUGGGGCAGCCUUGCUGCCUACUUCACCAUCCUCUUCACCAUGCACAGUGACGGCCUGUUCCGGAUGUUCCCCAAUCAGUUCCGCUUUGUGGGUAACGCGCAGAACACGCUGGCCCAGCCCACGGUCUGGCUGACCAUCGCCCUCACCACCGUCGUCUGCAUCGUGCCCGUUGUGGCCUUUCGCUUCCUUAAGCUGGACCUGAAACCAGAGCUCUCAGACACGGUGCGCUACACGCAGCUGGUGCGCAAGAAGCAGAAGGCGCAGCACCGGUGCCUGCGGCACGCGGGGCGCGCGGGCUCCCGCCGCUCUGGCUACGCCUUCUCCCACCAGGAGGGGUUUGGGGAGCUCAUCAUGUCUGGCAAGAACAUGCGCCUCAGCUCCUUGGCACUCUCCAGCUUUGCCCCCCGGCCCAGCAGCAGCUGGAUCGAGACCCUGCGGAAGAAGAAGGGCUGCGAGGGCAGCAGUGCUGGCAGCCCCAGUGGUGCAGACAAGACUCUCAAGGUCUGAGGCUGGAGGGGGUCACAUCCCCUCCAGUGCAGCUGGGGACUCCCCUCCUCUGCCCCUGGCCUGGGGAGGGCAAAGAUCCUCAUCAGCAGGGUCCCAUGGUAGGAGCAGAGGUGAUGUGGGGGCCAGUGGUGAGGUUUGGAGGAGUCUGGACUGUUGCCUUCUAGCCAAAAAUACAGUUUUUCUUCCCUGAGGUUGGCAAAUGGAUGGAUGGAUGGAUGGAUGGAUGGAUGGAUGGAUGGAUGGAUGGAUGGAUGGAUGGAUGUCAUCACCAUCAGCCCCCCUCCCAUUUGCUCCUCCAUCAGUAUUCAAUUCCACCGAGUGCAAAUGCCCCAUCACACAUGAAUGUAUCAUGCCGGAGGUGCAGGGCUCUGCGAGGACUGUGGCCUCUCUGUGCCCUACACCCACGUGUCUUUUUUUUUUUAUAUAAACAAGAAAAAAAAAAAAGGAAAAAAAAAGACCCCCAAGAAAUAGCAACCAAAACAAACAAACAAAAAAGAACUAAGGAAAAACCCU